GCCCAAGCUCCCAUCUGAUCUCGAAUCGCCCGCAACUUUCCGCAACAACUUCUUCGAAUCACCAACUCAGCACAGCUAGGAUGUCUCGAGCAUCCCAGAUUACACUGGCGACUACUUGUGCGGUCGCAAUUGGCACUGUUGGAUUCGUGCACUUCUCGCAGAGGCAGGACAAAGCCGCCAUGCACGCUGGUGUUAUCCGUGACUACGAACAGCAGCGGGUCAAAACCGCCCCAAUCGUCACCACCGAAAUAGCACCAAGCAAUGGUACCAACCUUUCAUCACGUGAGCUUAAUACGAGCAUCGCCGGAGAAAGAGUCCAUGAAAAUGCUCAGCCAGCUCGUCUCACACCACUCGCGAUGCCUGGCUGCGCUAUGCAGUCGGUCGCCGAGGUCCGCACCAGAUUGAGCGCUUGAACUUGAAGGUUCUUGUUGUGCGUUGUUAUUCGGGAUACCUGCUUGCUCCUACCCUACUGGCAGACG